AGUCCAAGGGAUGGGACUGUGUUUGACAGCUCCUUUUACACCAAAGCCUGUGGUCUCAGGAUAGCAGGCUAUGAUGCUCAUUUCCUGUGCAGAGGGAGGAAAAGCAGCAGCAAGGCAGCCAGCAGCGAACACACAUUCCUGGAAAGACUGCACUGAUAGACCCAGCUGAGCUACCAAGUUGGAGAGACUUCAGACCAGAGGUCCAUCAUCUCAGCACAGCAAAGGGUCGUCUUUGGCUUCCAAUAAGUUAACUUUUUGACCCAAAAUGGGAGAGCCUGACCACCUCUUGCCUUUUAAUGAAUAUGGAGAGUACCACAACUUGACUGAGCUUGCCCACCUGCUCAACUACACCUUCAACUACUGCAACUUGGGGCUGGAUGAGAGCGUGAAGCGGGUGUUCCUCUUUGUCCUCUACCUCGUCAUCUUUGUGGUGGGGCUGGUGGAGAACCUUCUAGUGAUCUGGGUCAAUUGGCAGACCCGAAGCCACAAGAACCUGAUCAACCUCUACAUCUUCAACAUGGCCAUUGCAGACUUGGGAGUCAUCCUCUCCUUACCGGUCUGGAUGCUGGAAGUCAUGCUUGACUAUACCUGGCUCUGGGGGAGCUUCCUCUGCCACUUCACCCACUACUUUUACUUUGCCAACAUGUUCAGCAGCAUCUUCUUUCUCACCUGCCUGAGCGUUGACCGUUAUGUGUCCUUGACAACCUCCUCCCACUUCUGGCAGCGACACCAGCACCUGGUGCGACGCAUUGCUUGCUGCUGCAUAUGGGCCUUGGCUGCCAUCAUCCCUUUGCCAGAGGUGUCCCACAUGGAGUUAAUUCAAAGCAUUGAGCCAAUAUGUUUCUUCAUGGCCCCCCUGGAGACCUACGACAGCUGGGCCCUUGCUCUCACCCUGCUCACUGCCCUCAUUGGGUUCCUCAUUCCCUUCUCCAUCAUGGCAGUCUUCAACAUACUGACGGCGAGGCACAUCAAGCGCAGCGACAAGCCUGAGGGCAGGAAGCACUGCCGUGUCAUCUACGCCUACAUUGCCGUCUUCCUAGUGAGCUGGCUGCCGUUCCACCUGGUUUUGCUUUUGCUGACGCUCGAAGGUACCAGCAUCUUCCUGCACUGCCACGUUUUGGACUUCCUCUACUUCUUCUAUGAUAUCAUAGACUGCUUCACCCUUCUCCAUUGUGUGGUCAACCCCAUUCUGUACAACUUCCUGAGCAAGAACUUCAAAGGGAAGCUAAUCUCUGCUGUGGUCAGGUACAUCCCCAAAGACCAAAUGGAUCGAAAGGGGGGCGAUGGGUCCUCUUCUAACACCCAACAUUCCAUUGUCAUAGCAAAAGAGAACACCUUGCCAAAUUAAAAGCGCGCUUGAUUUGGUUUAUUGCUGUGGUUCCACAACACGAUUCUGCGUAUUCAGACAUUCUCUCUCGCUAGCAAAGGGACGUCUUCAGUAAGAACCUCUUUGCACACACACACACCCUGCAUAUCAGUGCUUCUUGAAAUCUUGGGAAAGCAGGGCCAUACAGGGUGAAAUAUGGUGGAGAUUAUAUGCUGCUGUGCCCUGUUUUCUAGUAACCCUCAUCCAAUUCCCCACCUCAAAGAAAAUAGCUAUGGAAAUAAAUGUUCUGAUUUCUGCUACCCUGUAUAUUUUUAUGAUUAUUUGGAAGAUAUAGAUUUCUGUGAAUUUCCUCUUAUUUGUGGAGAGUUUUGAAUGAAAAUUACAUUCUAAAAACAUGAGGGUGUCUUGAUCAUUAAAUAGAUGGCACAAAGACUGUAAUUCUGCUCCUGCAACGGUGGGACAGGGACUGCCAAGGUCCUUUUGUGUGCAUCCAACUAGUUACUUCUUGUGGCUGUGGAACCAGGAUAUCGACAAUUCCCUUCUAGCAGUUUGUGCGCAGGCAGCCUUUUAUUUAAAAAAAGUUGUCACCACAGAGACAUUUACACCCAGAGAUGCCAGCCUGAGGUUGGAGAAGGGAAGGCAAUGCUGGGGCUACAGACCUCUCCUAAGGGAAUGCUGGUGCCUGGGAUUUAUCUCCCAAGGGAAUGCACUCCCACCUUGAAAACUCUGUUGUCCUUUUUGGUAGAGUCAGAAAACGUGAUGAUUCAGUUCCCAAGUUAACCCAGGAGCAUUGCUGUUCCAGUCACUGAAUCAAGAAGCUUCUGCUAACCCUAUUGACAGGGUUCCAGCCCAGUGGUGCCUAAUAAAGCUUUUAAAAAUGGAAGUUGAGGAUCUGAGGGCCUGUUCACAAAACCAAGGACUCAGAUUUUAGCUCAAAAAACAUAUUUGCAAAGGCAUGUAAAAAACUGGAUCCUUGCAUGUGAUGAGAGAUUGCACAACCAUGGAGUGGGUGCCAACAUAUGGAGGUGGGAUUUGGUGGAGUUGGGGUGCCAGGCUGCCAAAACGUUCAAAUAAUAAUGUGAAUAGGCCUUCGCGUUUUUAUCAUGGAAUCUGCCACAUAAACGUGGGAUAAAUGGACAUGUGAUUUGGAGAUCCCUCAUUCUAAAGUGGGGACCCAGGUGGCGCUGUGGGUUAAACCACAGAGUCUAGGGCUUGCUGAUCAGAAGGUUGGCGGUUCGAAUCCCUGCAACGGGGUGAGCUCCCGUUGUUCGGUCCCAGCUCCUGCCCACCUAGCAGUUUGAAAGCACAUCAAAGUGCAAGUAGAUAAAUAGGGACUGCUCCGGUGGGAAGGUAAACGGUGUUUCCGUGCGCUGCUCUGGUUCGCCAGAAGCAGCUUUGUCAUGCUGGCCACAUGACCCGGAAGCUGUCUGCGGACAAACGCCGGCUCCCUCGGCCUAUAGAACGAGAUGAGCGCCGCAACCCCAGGGUCGGACACGACUGGACCUGAUGGUCAGGGGCCCUUUACUGUUCUAAAGUGAGAGUUAAGUGGUUAUAGGAAGGCACAUGUUCCUAGAGGUCAAGGUCAGACAUGAGAGGAAGCACUGAGCAAAAUGUUCUCAGCGUUUCCUAUGUAAUACCACUUUGGCCUUUAUUACAGCAAGAAUUGUGUUGGGGCACAGAUCCAGGCCAAGUAUAUUCUCAGAACAAUAUGAACAGAAGGUAAAAGAGGAGGUUACUACAACUGCUAGAAGAUAACAAAUCACUUAAAAAUAGCACUCUUAUCCAAGGGCUGAAGGACAUAAGUGAACAUCUGGAUUAUUAUUUUUAAAAAAAUACUUGGAUAAAGUUUAGGGAAGGAAGACAGGAUGUUUAUAACAUAUUGAGUUGACUUUUGCAUUUGAAUGUUAUCUAAAAGUAUUUAUGAACUGCCCGGCCAAAGGUUUUUCAGGCCAAGGCAGGAAAAGUUAAUUCCAAACCAUUUUUGAUCAGAAAUGACCCAACACAUUGGUUCCUUUGCAGGGGGUAGAGAGACCCAAACAUUUUCCCCAAUACUGGCAAAAAUAUAACAGUUACAGGUCUGUAUGUAUGAAUAUAGAAACAAAGGAAGCUGCCCUAUACAGGGAGACUAUUCGUCCACCUAGCUCAGUACUGUCUACUACACUGACUGGAAGCAGCUCUUCAGGCUUGCAGGCAGCAGUCUCUUGCAGGCCUACUUGGGAUUGCUCAGGAUUGAACUUGGAGCCUUCUGCAUGCAAAGCAGCCUCUCUUUGUGCAAGGCAUUUACAGAAGUCAGGAGCACCAGUAGCCCAGAGCAGAGUCAUUUGGCAUAGGCAGAAGACUCAGGUGAGCAGUCUCUGUUAUCAUUUGAUCUGAAAAUAUUUCCAUAGCGUGUCAACCACAAACUAUGAACAAUGCACCAAACUCGAGUUUUUCAUUUUAUUAUUCUAAAUAAAAACCACACUUUUGUGCCAAAUGAUGGGAGUAUAAAAGAAUUCGAUGUACAAUGAUUUUAGACAUCUACUUUUUUUUCUUUGAGGAAGAAAGGUUUUACAAAAUGUACAAACUUUACAGCAAAUAGAUAUUAAACACUUAAAUAACCAGGUCAGUACCUACAAUUAACUUAACCAAAAGGUUAGACAGCAAUCACAAUGCUCUGCUUUGUUUUUGUUUUGUUUUAUUUCAAGACAUCUGGAUCUUUGGAGGAAAAGGGAGAGGGCAUGGUUUUGAGUUCACAAAAAUAAGAGCAAUAAUAAAGCAUUAGUCUCCAAAAAACAUUGCUGUUUAUUAUUUUCAAAGCUUUCUGUGUUAGACUGGAACACCUUUUCCAUGCCUGAAACACCCCCCCCCCCUACUGUGGCGGUAAUGGUAGGGAUUCUUCACAAAUGGUAGCAUAGCAAACAGAGCAAAGCUAUUUAAUUACAAUACUUUGUCUUUCUACACGCCUAAGGAUUCCAAAGCACUUUACAGACAUUUACUACACCUCACAACUUUUCCAUUGGUGAGGUAGGUAUUUUUAAAUAUUCCUCACUCACAAUUUGGGGUGAGUUGAUGUGUGGGUGUUUGAGGCAGACAGGUGAAGUUACUUGGGCCAAG